AUGUCUGCCGCGCCCAGACGACGGAAAAUUCGCAAAGGGACUCAAAGUUGCUGGGAAUGCAAGCGACGUAAGACGAGGUGUAUCUUCGCCGCUCCCGGCGACGCGGCUUGCGUAGGCUGUAGAAGCCGAGGGACCACCUGUCUUAGUCAGGGCUUCCAUGAAGAGGUAUCGACAAGCACUAAGAAAGCGACACAAUUCCAGCGCCCGGCUCCGUUAACAGUCUGUUCAUCGCCGAAUCAAUUAGGAGGGGAAAGCACGGUCGAAUCGAGACCGAAAAGGCCAGCAGUACCUCAGAAGGAAGAUAUCGCACUUCAUGAUACAUACCAUAACGUCUACUGCGCGCUUGCUGAGGUCUGGCCGAAUGAUGCUGAUUUGGAUGUGAUCUACAAUAUUACCGGGAAAGAUUGCAGUAUACUGUACGGACCGUUGAAUAGUUCAUAUUCGAGUCUGGAGUCUCAGAGAGAAGUAUCACCGCAAGACGUACUGCAACUACCUCCGCACGGCGCACACCCCGUGCUUGUUGCUCGAAAGGUCCUGCUGCUGAGCGCAUUCCUUCGACAGUCUCCUCUUCGGGACUUAAAUAGUACCUCGUAUUCUGGAGAUGUGGCGGACCGUCUUCUCAAUACAGCCAUUACAUUGGUGACUUCCAACGACGACCUACUCCUUUCCGUCGAAGGGAUUGAGUGUGUUGCGCUCGAAAGCAUGGUUCACAAUUAUCGUGGAAAUCUACGUCGGGCCUUGAUUUCAUUGAGGAAAGCCAUGGUGUUAGCUCAGCUCAUGGGGUUACACCUAAAUUCCCAUUCUCUAUCACUGAAGGUUAUUGAUCCAGCUACACGAGCACGAAUCGACUUCGACUAUAUCUGGUUUCGACUGGUCGAAUCGGACCGCUACCUUUCGCUGAUGUUGGGUGCACCACAAGCCUGGAGCGACAACAAUUUCCUUGAGAAGAAAGAUCUCGGGAUAUGUCACCCUAUGGAGCAGCUGGAACGACUGCAUCUCGUUGUUGGCGGGCGCAUCCUUGAUCGCAACGGAUGUGAUGCACGAGAUCCUGCAGUGACACAAGAGAUUGACCACCUGCUACAGGGCGCAUAUUCCUGCAUGGCGCCGCAGUGGUGGGUCGUCCCUGGUCCUUCACGAAAGAACAGGGAUGAUCUAUCCUUGAUGCGUCGAAUCAUGAUCCAGAUCACACAAUAUUUCCUGGUGGCACAACUGCAUUUCCCAUAUCUUGUGUACUCUUCUGACGGCCAUUCCGUCACGUACAGCAAGAUAACUGCGGUCAAUGCGAGUCGGGACAUUUUAACUCGGUUUCUGGCUCUUCGUAGUGACACGACUUUGAAAUCUUACUGUCGCGGUGUCGACAUUAUCGCUUUCUUUGCCAGCGCAGCCCUCUGUCUAGCGCACAUUGGCGGUAGCCGUGGACAUCAGGGUCCCUUUGAGUAUAUGGCUGGAACCAAUCCCUUUUCUUACCUCACCCACCAACGUGUCAGUGAUCGCGGCUUGGUGGAGAAGACACUUGAGCAUAUGGAGCAGACUGCCCGGAGUAGUGAUGAUCCGAUUGCUUCCAGACUUGUCGAUUUACUUCAGCCUCUUCUAUCCAUGGAAAGCGCGAGCAGGACCGGCGCUAUCGUUAACAUGGACUUUACUCCUGACGGGUACUCUGAUGGUCACGAAUGCAGUAGUCAGGGCAGCGACGGCGGGAACGCAGUCCACAUAUACAUUCCAAACUGUGGAAAAUUUCACGUUACGCAAGCAACGGUCAACAUCAACCCGCCAUCGACCUUGGACUCGCUGUUCAACUCAGACAUAGAUUGGCUCGAUUCUACAUGGGUUUCCGAAGCGACUCAGCCAAUAGUCGGGGGUGCGGGAAUCCAAACAAUGAAAUGUUUUGAUCUUGUGGAGGGGUACAGCCAGCCUGAGACUCACGGGUGA